AUGUUUGCAGCUGCAAUCGGAAUCGAUUUGAAGUUGUCGCUUCGAUUUUUCGUCAGAGAGGACAACAGGGGAAAGCUUUCCUCUGUAUCUGGAACCCAGAAGAGCUAUCAGGAGCUUGUCUUUGUUCCAUGGAUUGAAGAGCUCAAAGAAAUGGGCUUCGUUAAGGAGGUUGAAAAUGAUGGUGCGACAUGCCACACAGCAACCUCAUCGCUCAAGCUCAUUGACGAAACUUUUGGCAUCCACAAUGUCAUCACUGGUGUUCUGGCGAAAACAGGGGAGGGUGAAAGGUUUCGCAGAGAGCGCUUGGCUGAAUGGCCAGCGCACUCUCCUGACCUCAAUCCUUUGGACUUUUGCAUUUGGCACAAGUUCAAAAUGGAUACAAAGAAGGAGCUGGGUCGAAUGAACAAGCUAUACUUCGAUUCAUUCGAGGAAGCGAGAGAGAUUUUAACUCGUGUAUGGGCGAACAUCUCCCAAGACGCGAUCAAUAACGCUUGCAGAGGAAUCCUCAGGCGUGCAAAGGAAACGAUCGCUAGAGACGGAUCGAAUCCUGAACGAGGAUACAAAGCAAAUAAGGGAUCUUUCAAGGUGAAAAAUCCACGUCAUUAA